AUGGAGAAUACAUACUCUUUACUUAAUACUUCUAUUCAAGAAAUUAAAACUUCUCUAAGUGUUUUGCCUCUAAUUCAACAAAAAAUUGAUUAUUUAGCAGAGGUUGUAAAAAGCUUGGAAAAACAAUGUAAACAACAACCAAAAGUUAACGGGAUCAAAACAUCAAAUGCAAAAAAAGAAAAAAAUAAUACUAAUAGUAUCAAUGCCAUCGCCACGAUCACUAACAACAAAAAUAAUAAUAUCAUACAGACUGAGAAAAAAAAUAAAAAAUUAAAUAUGGCAGAGAGAAAACGGUUGAGAAAAGCAAGAAAGAAACAACUUGCUAAUUCACAAAAACAAAGUGCUGAUGAAGCUUCAUCAGAUGAAAGUGAAGCUCCGCAAUCAUCCCCUCCACCAUCUCCACCAUUACCUCCACCACAACCUCAAGCCGCUACCAUUGCACCAUCAUCCCCUCAAGCAACAAUAGUACCUUCUUCUCAGCCCACAAGUGAACAACAAAUAAGAAAUGCAAAUAGACAAAUGACUAGAAUACCACUCAAAUUUCAAAAUCGAAGAGGUGCCUCACCAUCUCCUGCGAAUAAUAGAGAUGUUAAUAAAUCAGAACAGGAAACCCACCCUCAACGCGAUACAACUCAACGUGAAAAAUUACAAGAUAACUGGAAAACUACGAUCUCAACCUUUGAAGAAAUGGAUUUAAAGCCUCAGUUGUUAAAUGGAAUUCGUUCUUUGGGUUAUGAUCAACCUACAUCAACACAAAAACGUGCAAUAAGUGCCAUAUUAUCGCGUAAAGAUUGUGUAAUUCAAGUCCCACAUUCUAAAGAAAGAGCAUUAACGUAUUUGGCUGCUAUAUUUCAACAAAUUGAUCCACGAUAUACAUCUUGUCAAGCAAUCAUACUUGUUCAUCUAAAAGAUCUUUGUUAUGUUAUCGAAGAUUAUAUUCAUAGAAUUGCAAAAGAUAUGCAAAUUUCGUCAUUUAUUUGUAUUGGUGGAUAUCCUUUAAGACGAGACAUUGAAAGAUUAAAAAAUGAUGGACAACAAAUAAUAGUCGCCACCCCAGGGAGACUGAUUGAUUUGAUGGCAGAAAGAAGAUUUGAUUUCUCGGGUGUAAAAACAGUGAUAAUUGAAGACUCUUGUAUUAUGUUUAAUAGUACAUUCCGUUCGCAAGCAUUCGAUAUCAUAUUUCGAUUACCACGUAAAUAUCAAAGAGCUCAAAGAGUUCUCAUGACCACAGCAACCACAUUUACUUUAGCAGAUAUCAAAAAUCGAAUGCUCGAAGAUCCUGCGAUAGUCACUGACGAUGUUCAUGUUAGUGAUGGGUUGACAUUAUAUUAUUCUCUUGUUGAUAGAGAAGAUCAAAAAUUGAAUGGCCUUUGUGAAAUUUUCAAUAUGAAUGAUAAUCAAUCGAUGGUUAUUUUCUGUGAUAAUGCAGAAAGAGUUAAUUGGUUGGCUGAUAAAUUGAGUUCUUUGUUCGAUGGAGUUCCUGUUUUUGCAAUGCAUUCAUUUACAGAACAAUCUGAAAGAUAUCAAAUCAUCAAAUCGUUUUGGGAUACUGAACCACCAUCAGUUAUGAUAACUGUAGAUUGUUUUGCAUUAUGUUGUUGUGGCGGAUAUGGAAUACCUGGUAUUAAUAUUAAUCUUGUUAAUAAAGAACAAGUAUUUGAUCUUAAUGCUUUAGAACGGUAUUAUAAAGUACGAAGUAUUUCUUUACCAAAGAGUGAUCCAAAAUUGCUUAGUGUUGAAGAAGUUUGA